UUGGGGGUUUUGCCCAUAUUAUUUAAAUUGUUUGAAUUUAGUUCAUUUCUGUUGACCUGCCUUUGAGUUCAUUGGUAUUUUUUCUUUGCCUUUGUCAGAUUUACUGAUUAGCCUGUCAUUUUUAAUGUUUCUUUUUCUUAUCUUAGUCUUAGAAAAAGUUCUGACCCAGAAGUCACCAAGAGUUGCUCCAAAACAGACCGUAAGAAGUCAACUCAAGCUAGCUCAAGAAAGAAGUGAGAAGACAGUCCACAGUCGCACUUGAGGAACAGAGAGCUGCUGAGUGCAUCUACCAGGCUGAUUGGCUCAGGGAAGCUAAAUCAUCUAUCUCCAGAAAUGUCUUCAGAAAGUGAGGAGCAACAUGACCUUUCACUGAGGGCCUCGGAUGAAGGAAAGGACAGUUUUUCAUCUGGGGUCCCCCUGGAGAUCCAACAAGAGUCAAGCACUAACUUCAAGCUCCACGAGACCAAUGAUCAAUGUAGACCUUAUCGUCAGAUCCAUAUGGAGCCUCAAGAGAGAACAAACACCAGCACCAAACAGUUGAUCAUCAAAAAGCUACACAAGAGUUGCCAGUGUAGCCCAUCCAAAGCAAAAAAUAGGAUUUAUGAUUUUCUUCCUGUUCUGCGGUGGCUUCCAAAAUAUGACCUAAAGAAAAACAUUUUAGGAGAUGUCAUGUCUGGCUUGAUUGUGGGCAUCUUACUGGUGCCCCAGUCUAUUGCUUAUUCCCUCUUGGCUGGCCAAGAGCCUAUCUUUGGGCUAUACACAUCUUUUUUUGCCAGCAUCAUUUAUUUCUUAUUUGGUACCUCCCGUCACAUCUCCGUGGGCAUUUUUGGAGUGCUGUGCCUUAUGAUCGGUGAGGUUGUUGACCGAGAACUGCACAAAGCUGGCUAUGGUGCUGCUGGUAUUGCUCCUUUUGGAGUGAUUUCCAACGAGAGCACAUUAAUAAGUAACAUGUCAGACGGGAUAUGUAGCAAGAGUUGCUAUGCAAUUAAAAUUGGCAGCACUGUGACGUUUCUGGCUGGAGUUUAUCAGGUCGCCAUGGGCUUCUUCCAAGUAGGCUUUAUUUCUGUCUACCUCUCGGAUGCCUUGCUGAGUGGAUUUGUCACAGGUGCCUCCUUCACGAUCCUCACCUCUCAGGCCAAGUAUCUCCUCGGGCUUAGCCUUCCUCGGAGUAAUGGCGUGGGCUCACUCAUCACCACCUGGAUACAUAUCUUCAAAAACAUCCAUAAGACCAACCUCUGUGAUCUCAUCACCAGCCUUCUGUGUCUUUUAGUCCUUUUGCCAACCAAAGAACUCAAUGAACACUUCAAGUCCAAGCUCAAGGCACCAAUUCCUACUGAACUUAUAGUUGUUGUGGCAGCCACAUUAGCAUCUCAUUUUGGAAAACUAAAUGAGAAUUAUAAUUCCAGUAUUUCUGGACAUAUUCCCACUGGGUUUAUGCCACCUAAAGCUCCAGACUGGGACCUAAUUCCUAAUGUGGCUGUCGAUGCAAUUGCCAUUUCCAUCAUUGGUUUUGCUAUCACUGUAUCCCUGUCUGAAAUGUUUGCCAAGAAGCAUGGCUACACAGUCAAAGCCAAUCAGGAAAUGUAUGCCAUUGGCUUCUGCAACAUCAUCCCUUCCUUCUUCCACUGCAUCACUACCAGUGCUGCUCUGGCAAAAACAUUGGUUAAGGAAUCAACAGGCUGCCAAACCCAGCUUUCUGCUGUGGUGACUGCUCUGGUUCUUUUGCUGGUCCUCCUGGUAAUAGCUCCUUUAUUCUUUUCCCUUCAGAAAUGUGUCCUUGGGGUGAUCACGAUUGUAAAUCUCCGGGGAGCCCUUCGUAAAUUCAGAGAUCUGCCCAAGAUGUGGAGGGUUAGCAGAAUGGAUACAGUUAUAUGGUUUGUUACUAUGCUGUGCUCUGCUCUGAUAAGCACUGAAAUAGGCUUGCUUAUUGGAGUUUGUUUUUCCAUGUUUUGUGUCAUCCUCCGCACUCAGAAGCCAAAGAUUUCAUUGCUUGGCUGGGUAGAAGAGUCUGAAAUCUUUGAAUGCAUGACUGAUUACAAGAACCUUCAGACAAAACCAGGUAUCAAAGUUUUCCGCUUCAUAGCCCCUCUCUACUACAUAAACAAAGAAGCCUUUAAAUCUGCGUUAUACAAAAAAACCCUCAACCCAGUCUUAGUAAAGGCAUCUCAGAAGAAGGCAGCAAAGAGGAAGCUCAGAGAGGAAACAGUGACUCUGAGCGGGCUGCAGGAUGAAGUUUCCGUGCAGCUUUCCCAUGAACCCAUGGAGCUGCACACAAUAGUGAUCGACUGCAGUGCAAUGCAGUUUUUAGAUACAGCAGGGAUCCAGACACUGAAAGAAGUUCGCAGAGAUUAUGAAGCCAUUGGCAUCCAGGUGCUGCUGGCUCAAUGCAAUCCCUCUGUGAGGGAUUCCCUGGUCAGAGGGGAAUAUUGCAAAGAGGAUGAAGAAAACCUCCUUUUCUAUAGUGUGUACACAGCAGUGGGGUUUGCAGUAGACUCUCAAGCCCAGAAAGGAGUUUGUGUUCUCAAUGGGGUAAGUCCAGUGACCGAUUGAGAUAAAAUGGAAGGAAAAAGAAAUGCCUAGCCACUGUGGAACUGGAACUCUUUGCACACUUGAAAUUACUUCUUCCUUGGAAGAUAAUGUUUUCAUAUUUUCAAAUGAAGCAGAGCUGAUAGCUGGGCAGAAUCAAAAAGGAAAGAAUGCUGUAGUUUCAAGCUCUUGUGUAGUCUGAAUACUCAUGGGUGCAGUCUAUGUCUACUGAAUUGAUCUCCUUUAAGACUGCACAUUCGGGCUCUUCCUCCUCUAGAGGUAAAAGGGUGAAGUUGAUGUAUGCCUUAGAAGUGCUGAGACCUUUGCAUGGCUCUGUGGAGAAGGAGGGAAGAAGGCCGGGAAAUAUGCCUACUUUUCAUGCCAGCAGGUCGACCAGCCAAGUUUAUUCUUAGCAGUGCUUGUCUGUCUCUAGACAGAAGUAGCAUCUCCAGCUCUUAGAAGAAAGCACUAUCCCUCUUCCCCAUAAGGCAGGAAACGAUGAGGAUAGUCUCAUGAGGACUCUGAUGGCAGGUUUGACAUAUCCUGACAGCCAGCUUGACACCCACUGUGAACAACUGGCACACCACUUUAGGGUAAAUGGGUAAGCAGAGUUAGAAAAAAUAGUGGGAGCCCUGUGUCCUUUGAGAAUGUAUCUCUCUUAGCUUCCAGUUACCUUAGUGUGCUUUCCCGUGGAAUCUGUCCUGAACUGGUGGUGGUGUUUGUUUUUUUUAAAUAUCAGCCACAUGCCAGACAGAACAGUAUACUAAGUCAGCAGUUUCGUACAGCAUUUUAAAUGAGUUUGUGGCACACUGUCACAGACAGAUUUCAGAAAGGAAUGAGUGACGGUCCUCCUUCCUCUUCUCCCAGGGGUAUUUUAGCAAGGGACUGCUGGGGACAGACAGUUUUUCUCAUAGAUGUUGCUGUUCGUGGAACAGAGGUGUACAGUGCCAUGAAUAAUUAAUCUGUAGAUGUUCUAAUGCUGAUUCUUGCUGCCAUGCACCCUGUUGGCAUAUAAUAAAUGAUGACAGUGACAGAUUUAGAAGCAUCACAUUCAUAGAACUCAAGUUCUCAGGGUUUAUUAACUUUGCUAGUUGGCUACAGAUAACCAAUUGAGGAAUAGUUUCCUUGGAAAAGCAUGGCUAUCUGAUGUUGAAAGCUUAUAGUUAAAUGUUUGGGCCUUAGCAGGCAAGAAAAAGCAGAUUCUCCUACGUUAAGGAUAAGGGAUUUUAUGUGAAAUUAAAUUAUUUAGCCAAGACUUUUAAAAAACAAAACAAAGCAUGCCAAAGUGCAAAAUUAUUGUAGCUUAUUCUUACAGUCUAAACAAUUUUAGGUAUUUGUGAGAAAUAUACCCUUAUGUGGGGUUCCCAUCAUAUAACAAAUAUGCAUAUAAAUUUAGCUUUUUUUUUUUUUUAAUUUUGUUAGCUCCUUAACUGUUGGGCUAGUGCUUUUCUCUUGGUAGAGCUCUCCCAUUUGUUUACAUGGAGGAUACUUUUUGUCUGAAACAGGGUCUCUCUUGUAGCCCAGUCUUCACUUGGACUCAGUAUGUAGAUUCAGCUGACCCUAAACCCACAAUCCUGCUGCUUCUACUU